AUGGACCUGCCUGGAUAUGUACCGCCUGUAUAUGAAAUAUCCAAGCAGUGCCAGGAAGAAGCAGAAGGGACCAUGUACCCAGACCAGCCGGACAAUCCGAACAACGAGCACAAAUGGCUGUACUGCGAGAACCACAGCGGGGACACUCUUGGGUAUUUUGGAUGCGUCUGUGACAAGACACAAGAGUUUGGCCGCAACCAGUACUUCUCCGCCGAUUGCAUAUUGAGGGAAUUGGUCGGUGACGACAAAAGAAGGCGUGCGUACCGUGCCCGCGCCCCAAGUAAGGGAAUUAGGAAAUGA